UGCUUCCCGUCUCCAUCCCAGAUUCCGAGAGAGCUCACAGGCAAAGCCAGGUCGCAUCGCGCCGCGGCAAUCCCACCCCGACCCGCGCCGCCUCCCCCAUCCCGCCCGGUCGCCUCGCCGCCGAGAUGGGGUUCGUGUCCUUCGUCGGGAGGGUGCUCUUCGUCGCCGCCUUCCUCCUCUCCGCCUACCAGGAGUUUAAUGAAUUCGGAGCUGACGGUGGGCCAGCGGCAAAGGCCCUUCAGCCUAAGUUCAAUAUGCUUGUCAAAAACAUCUCUUCACAUCUGGGAGUAGUGGUGCCACACAUUGAGCUGAAGCAUGUGAUUGCUGCUACAAUUGGCCUGAAGGGUCUUGGAAGUCUUCUUUUUAUCUUGAGUAGCUCUCUCGGUGCUUAUCUCCUGGUGCUCUACCUUGCUUUGAUCACACCUAUUGUCUAUGACUUCUACAACUACGACAUGGAGAAGGCAGAAUUUGCGCAGCUCUUCGCGAAGUUCACACAGGAGCUGGCUCUCUUUGGAGCACUCCUCUUCUUCCUGGGCAUGAAGAACUCGAUUCCGAAGCGGCAGGCAAAGAAGAAGGCUCCCAAGGCGAAGGCAAACUAAGGUUCUUUAGAUAGUUGCGGCCUCAGGCGGUGCCAGGAGACGGUCUAUUUUCAAACAAGCUGCGGUGUCAAUGCCAUCGUGCUGCGCUUAUAUGUAUCAGAUUCCUUUUUGCAGGGCACGGCCGAAAACGAAGACAAAGUGUGAGUGGCGGGUUAGGCGACUAGAUUGUACCAUCAUGUACUUGUGAUUGAUUUGUUGAACUAGAUUGCCAAUGGUUAAUGUUCUUCAUUUGAUUAUCUUGCACUGGGCCUUGUUAGCAGUGCAAGAAAUCGCUACUGAUUCAAUGGUUGGGAUUUUUUUUCUCGUCA